AUGGACUCGGCGGGUUUGGGUUUGGUUGCUCGUGAUUCAAACGGCAUGGUUAUCGCCUCCCUUUCAAAAUGCAUCAGACUACCACCAACGGUUGCUAACUUGGAAGCUUUGGCAUGCAGAAGGGCCAUCUUAUUUGCACUCGAAUUAGGACUCCAAGACGUGGUGUUGGAAGGUGAUUCAGAGGUUAUUAUCAACCACCUCAAAGUAGACCAGCCCUGUUUGACAGCUUUUGGGCACAUAAUAGAGGAAGCACGGACACUUUCAGCCAAGUUGAGACAAGCAUCUUACUCACACACAAGGCGCAAGGGUAACAAAGUAGCUGAUAAGCUUGCAAAAUUAGCAAAAAACUUGUAUGAACCACAAGUGUGGAUGGAGGAUAUUCACAAUAAUGCCCUGCAAUUUGUAUUUUUUGACAGAGGCUUAAUGCCUGUUUAA